AUGACCAAGAAGAGGAGGAACGGAGGCCGCAACAAGCACGGCCGCGGCCAUGUCAAGCGCGUGCGCUGCGAGUCGUCCGGCGUGCUGGUGCCCAAGGACAAGGCCAUCAAGCGCUUCAUCGUGAGGAACAUGGUGGAUGCGUCCGCCAUCCGCGAUCUGCAGGAGGCCUGCACCAUCGACAACUACGCUCUCCCCAAGAUCUACAGGAAAGUGUACUACUGCAUCUCUGCGGCCAUCCACUCCAAGAUCGUGCGCGUGCGGUCCGUGAAGAACCGCCGCAACCGCGAGCCCCCAAAGCGUCCCGGCUUCGGCCCCCGCCCCGAGCGGCCCGCUGGACAGGCCGGCCAGGCCCCCCAGAAGGCUUGA